CCGCGGCUCGCCCGACCUGCCUGCUGUCUCUUUCGUCUCCUCUUUGUUUUUCUGCCCUUCCUCCCGCUGCUUCUUCCUUUUCGCUGGUGCGCGUUCCGCCUGUUUACUGUGCGGCGCUGCCGGCCCAAGCUCAAUUAGGGCUACUCCCUCCUCCUCCGUCCAUGCCCACCACCACUUUCUCCCUCCGAGCGAAGCAGCCGAACGAAGUCAAGCCUCGCUCGCCCUCUUCCUGCGAUGGUUGCUUCUCUCCUUUCGUCAUCUUGGACCUUUCGGUGCGGACGCCGACGUUGACGGGCAGCAGCAGAUCGUCCUCCACGUGGCGACUCUUUCUCCAUCGAGCGUGAUCAAAAGCGGACGACGGGGUACGACCCUAGAAAUAGCCUACUUACUCCCUACUUAGCCUAAUCUGCAAGUGCAUAUCCUGUAGGCUAGAGAAGCCGCGAAGACCCAGAAACGCUGGGAGUAUCAUUUAUUUGUCUUUAUUCUUUAUAGAAAGUGCGUGCUUGGUCGGACGGCGAAGAUCUGACGAUGCGAUUUCCAUUUCACCAGUCAGGAGUUCAAUCGAGGGCAUGAAGCUAGGGAGUCUUUUAAGUCGUCUUCUCGGAGAACAUUUUGCGAAUGUUUGGUUUGGGGUAUGACGAUUGAGCUGGCUCUUCUUCGCCUCGUGAUUAGGGUUCUGCUCCGAUCGUAAAGGGAUUGGAGCGAGGAUACCUAGCUAGGGAUUGUCGUCAUCUGUCUGCUGGAAGGUGCGCCGAAGAGCAUAUUUAGUCUCUCUGUUGUGGGGUUAUGCCGUGACUGUCGGUCCGCAGUAGUGAUUCGCUAAGGGGAGGGAUGAGAUAGGUAGUAGGGGGAGUGGUGGGGUAGCCUUGGGAGGAGGAGGAGGGGAGGGACUUCAGCUGUGGCUGCUGAGGGGGAAAUAGGGCGGCUGCUCGUUCUGCCAGGCGGAUCAGCGGGGAAGCCGCAAGAGGUAGCAUAGCAAAGGGAGUCGAAGGGAAGGAUCGAGGGGAAGGCGGAGGGGAAAGAGAGCGUGUUGGUCCUUGGAAGGAGAACGUGUGUUUGGGUCUUCCCCUCAACCCUAUUUGCGGCGGCGAAAAGUCUUGUCGCACUCCUUCCUGCUUACCUUUCCGGAAUCUCCAUCACGAUCGAUCGCUUUGCCGCCAAGUGUUUGACGCCCUGCUUGUUAGCAAGGGUGCCCUGCUUGUGAGCGAGGAGGGAUCGCGACAUCCGCAAUGGUGUCGGCGGCUGUGGCCUCCGUUUUAGGCCAAGAUGGAGCGCACUUCGACUUGCUGGUGGAGAAGUUGAUGUCGCCGUCGAACGAGGAGCGAGGGCAGGCAGAGACCAUCUUCAACGAGUGCAAGCAGCAUCCCGAGCAGCUGGUGACGAAGCUGGUGCAGACUCUUCGGGCCAAUGGGAAGUCGGAGCUUCGUGCUAUGUCCGCCGUGCUGCUGCGCAAGGUCAUCACGAAGGACGAGGUGUCGUUAUGGCGGCAAAUGAGUCCUAACGUGCAGAGUGCGUUGAAGGCGGAGCUGCUGCAGUGCGUGCAGCACGAGCAGGACAAGACCAUAUCUAAGAAGCUGUGCAGUGUUGUCGCUGAGCUUGCUGUCGGGCUUCUGGACGAGGGCAAUUGGCCGGAGCUUCUGCCUUUCAUGUUCCAGUGCGUGUCGUCGGACUCCGAUCGACUGAAGACGAGCGCGUUGUUGAUCUUUGCCGACUUGGCGGAGUACAACUGCUCGAUGACUCAGCACUUGUCCACGUUGCACGGGCUGUUUCAGCAGUGCCUGUCGGCGGCGACGAACGGCGAGGUGCGGAUCGCCGCGCUGCGCGCGACCACGAACUUCGUGCAGACGCUGGAGACGGCGGAGGAGCGGGACAAGUUCCAAGAUCUUCUGCCCGCCAUGAUGCAGACGCUGAAUCUUGCGCUCAAUGCGCGCGAGGAGCUGGCAGCGCAGGAAGCGCUGGAAAUGUUCAUCGAGGUGGCCGGGUCGGAGCCGCGUUUCCUGCGGAGGCAUCUGGCGGAAGUGGUCGCGGCGAUGCUGCAGAUCGCGGAGGCGGCGGAGCUGGACGAAGCAACGAGGCACUUGGCCGUGGAAUUCCUAGUCACGCUGGCGGAGGCGAGAGAGAGAGCGCCCGGAAUGAUGCGCAAGCUGCCGCACUUUAUCGUCAGACUCUUCUCCGCGCUGAUGAGCAUGCUGCUGGACGUCGACGACGUGCCAGAAUGGUACACGGUGGAGAGCGAAGAUGAUGACGUCGCGGAGUCGGACAAUCAUUCGGUGGCUCAAGAAUGCCUGGACAGGCUUACGAUCUCCCUUGGAGGCAACACCGUCCUGCCCGUCGCCUCCCAGCUCCUACCGGCGUUCAUCAGAGACGCGGAUUGGAAGAAACGACACGCUGCGCUCAUUACGCUCGCACAGAUCGCCGAGGGCUGCAACAAGGCCAUGGUUAAGCAAUUGGGAGCGGUGGUGGAGAUGGUGCUGUGUUCGUUUAACGACCCGCAUCCGCGUGUACGAUGGGCAGCGAUUAACGCAAUAGGACAGCUGUCGACGGAUCUGGGGCCGGACUUGCAGCAGAAUCAUCACGCUCAAGUCCUUCCCGCUCUGUUGACGGCCAUGGACGAUUUCCAGAACCAGCGAGUGCAGGCGCAUGCGGCAGCGGCUAUCGUGAAUUUCAGCGAGGGGUGCAAGGCUGACGUCCUCACGCCCUACUUGGACGGUGUCAUCGGCAAGCUCAUCGUGCUCCUCGAGAAGGGAACGCGAAUGGUACAAGAGGGGGCCCUCACGGCGCUGGCGAGUGUGGCAGAUUGCUCCCAGUCGCAAUUUGAAAAGUACUACGACAUGACGAUUCCCUACCUGAAGGCGGUUCUUCUGAACGCGAACGACAAGUCGAAUCGCAUGUUGAGGGCGAAGGCGAUGGAGUGCAUUAGCCUGGUGGGGAUGGCUGUGGGAAAGGAGAAGUUCAGGAACGAUGCGAAGCAGGUAAUGGAUGUGCUGAUGCGGCUUCAGGGGAGCGAGAUGGAGGACGACGACCCUACGAUCAACUACAUGCUGCAAGCGUGGGCGCGCCUUUGCAAGUGUCUGGGGCAGGAGUUCCUUCCCUAUAUGAACGUGGUCAUGCCGCCUCUGAUGAAGUCGGCCCAGCUGAAGCCCGACGUGACCAUCACGGACGCCGACUCGGACGAGGACGAGGAGGAGGAGGACGACGAUGACAGCGUGGAGAUGAUUCGCCUAGGGGACAAGAAGAUCGGCAUCAGAACGAGCGUUCUGGAGGAGAAAGCGACGGCUUGCAACAUGAUCUGUUGCUAUGCCGACGAACUGAAGGAAGGAUUUUUUCCUUGGAUAGAGCAGGUGGCUCCCAUUCUGGUGCCGCUGUUGAAGUUCUACUUCCACGAGGAGGUCCGCAAAGCCGCCGUUUCUGCGAUUCCCGAGCUGUUGCGGUCCGCGAAGCUGGCGGUGGAGAAGGGCGUGAGCGGCGGCAGGGACACAAGCUACGUGAAGCAGCUCGCAGAUUACGCGCUGAACCCUCUCGUGGAAGCCUUGCAGAAGGAGCCGGAGACGGAGAUAGUGUCGAGCAUCUUGGAAGCGCUGAACGAGAGCAUGCAGAUUGUGGGGACGCUGCUGGAAGAGGCGCAGGUGAAGGCUAUGGUGGAGCAGUUCCAGGUGGUUCUGAAGGCGAGCGAGCAGAGGAAAACCGAGAGGCAGGAGAGAAAGAAGAUAGAGGACUUCGACGAGGAAGAGAAGGAGUUCCUCGAAGAGGAGAACGAGCAGGAAGCGGAAGUGUUUGAGCAAGUCGGAGAAUGCAUCGGCACCCUCCUCAAGACUUUCAAGGCGGAUUUCCUUCCGUAUCUCGACGAACUGAUGGCGUUGAUUGUGCCGAUGCUGGCCCCGGGAAGGUCUUCCGAGGAGAAGAGAGUGGUGAUCUGUAUUUUCGAUGACGCCAUCGAAUAUGCGGGAGAAGCGGCAGCCGUGAAGUACUUCGAGGUCUUCUUGCCGGCGGUUUUGAUGGCCUGCACGGACGACAACGCGGACGUGCGGCAGGCCGCCGUGUAUGGAAUUGGCGUCUGCGCGCAGUUCACAGGUAUGCGUUUUCGCCCCAUUGCCCUGGAAGCUCUGGGAAGAUUGCGGACUGUCGUUGUGCACCCGGAGGCGAAAUUGCCGGAGAACGCCCCCGCGACCGACAAUGCAGUGUCUGCAAUAGGGAAGAUCUGCCAGUACCAACGAGAUUGCAUUGAUGCGUCUCAGGUACUGCCGCUGUGGCUGAAUUGUUUGCCGUUGAAGAAUGAUCUCCUGGAGGCUCGCAUGAUGCACGAGCUUCUGUGCAAUCUGGUCGAGAGCUCGGAUCCAGCGUUGCUCGGGCACGGGAGCGAGAACUUAGGGAAGGUGGUUGCAGUUUUCGCCGAGGUCAUUGCGGGAGGGGCUGACCUAGCGACGGAGCAGACGUCCUCCAGAAUGAUGACCACAUUGAGGACCCUUCGAUCUUCCAUAACCCCCGAAACUCUCGUCUUGCCGUGGGUCCGAGAGUUGGAAAAUGCGUCCAAGUUCAUCUCCCUAUAGUAAGUUCAUUGUCGCUGCAUAUUAUCAUCGCUGAUUUCUCUUUGUGCUCUUUUCCUCGCGUUUGCGCUAUGCUCUUCUUCUCUGUGUGUGUGUGUGUGUGUGUGUGAGAGAGAGAGAGAGAGAGAGAGAGAGAGAGAGAGAGAGAUCUUGUCCUCGCGUUUGCGCUCUUGGUAUGCUCUGCUUCUCUGUGUGUGUGUGUGUGAGAGAGAGCGAGAGAGAGAGAGAUCUUGUCCUCGCGUUUGCGCUCUUGGUAUGCUCUGCUUCUCUGUGUGUGUGUGUGUAUGUGUGUGUGAGAGAGAGAGAGAGAGAGAGAGAGAUCCUCUUGUCCUCGCGUUUGCGCUCUUGGUAUGCUCUGCUUCUCUGUGUAUGAGAGAGAGAGAGAGAGAGAGAGAGAGAGAGGGCACCGUUCUAAUAGGAAAAGUCUGUAGAGACAUGUGGAGAAAAGACGAAAGGAUAAAAUAGUGUGCCCUGCAGCUGCGGAAGAGGGACCGGAUACCGCGUUUCGGUUAUUCGGGGGGCAGCUUAGCUGGGGGGCAAGGUGAAGAAGUUAUGGCGGCGGGCGGGGUUUGAUAUUGGGGGAUGGAGGGCCUGUGCGGUGAUGUGUGUGGUAGCGGGGGAGGCACAGCUCCGAUGUAUGAAGCUGUGAGAGGAGAGGUUUCCUGGCUGGGGUUCUGUCGGUUGAUAUUGGGGGAUGUGGGGGGGACUGUGCGGGAGGGGUUGUUUUGGUAAGAGGGGUGGCACACACAAGUCCGAUGGGUGGGAGUGGAGGCAAGAGAAGGCUCCUUGGGAGGGGCGAUGUUAUCUUUAGGAGAAUACACCACCUCCCCAUUGCGAGGAGAAGACCAGUAGGAGAGAAGAAGCCUCCCCCUCCGGCUGGUCUUCACAACAAGCCUCACCCUCCUGCUGGUCUUCACAACAAGCCUCACCCUCCUGCUGGUCUUCACAACAUGUAAGAAGAAGCCUAACCCUCUUCCUGGUCUUCACAACAUGUAAGAAGGGUGAGGCUUCUUCUUACAUGUUGUGAAGACCAGGAGGAGGGUGAGGCUUCUUCUUACAUGUUGUGCGGGGGGGGGGCGGCGGGGGGUGACCAAGGGAGAGCGAGGAUGGUGGUUGAUGACGAUGUGCUUGCCUGGAUCUGUCAAGAAGACAGCGUUAGGUUGGAGAUGGUUUGUUAGAGUGUGCUGUGCUUCUUCUCUCCCGGCGCAGGUGGUCAGGGUGUUGGCUGUUGUAAGGAGGGACGCAGCCGUUUCAGUUGGGCUUGAGAGUCAGUUGGUCUUUAGUUGCCUUUGGUGCUUGCAUUUUUCAUUCCGUCAUUGAUUGUUCUUUAGGGGCCAGCCAUUGCUGUCUUUGGGAAUGCAUUGUCAUUUGUCGCGCUCUGUUUUUUUUGUUUUUUUUCCCCUUCGCUUUUGCUCGAAUUCUUUGCAUCUUGAGUUGGCAUCUGGUUUCAUUCUUUGGGCCUUGGUCAAAUUGUGAUUGACCAAUUCUCUGAUAUAUUUAUCUAUUGAAUCUGUCGCUCGAAUUAAUCAGAUUCUUCUGAGGCUCUUGCAAUGACUGGGAUUCGAAUCCAGCACAGCACAGAAAGAUGCAUCCAAAGGUCGGCUCAAGGCUGGUAGGCAUGGUAAAUAGGUAUUUAGGGUCCCAGAUCUGUAGCUCUUUUAUUAACCCUGAUUCCAAGCCAGCACAGAAACAUGCAUCAAAAGAUUGAGGUAGGUUAGGGAUGAGAAGUACAGGAAUAUAUGGGUCCCAGAGUCAACCUUUAGAGUGAAAGCCCUCGGACCCGGGUUCCAAUCCAGCACAGCAGAGCACAGAAACAUGCAUCCAAUGGUCUUCUCAAGGCUGGUAGGCAUGGUAAAUAGGUAAUUAGGGUACCAGAUCUGUGGCUCUUUCAAUAUCCCUGGUUCCAAGCCAGCACAGAAACAUGCAUCCGAAGAUUGAGGUAGGUUAGGGAUGAGAAGAGCAAUAUAGUGGUCCCAGAGUCAAGCCUUCCUGCCUAUUUCGGGGAUCCACAGAUCUGCCUAUCCGUGGCUUCAGAAUGUCCCUCUGACCGGUAGUUCUAGUCCAGCACAGCAUAGGAACUUGCAUCCACAGCCCCGAGUCAAACCUUCCUGCCUGUAGGCAUGAGAAAUAGGAGUGUAGGGUUCGCCAGUCCUUCAGGAUGUCCGUCUGACACUGGUUCAAUAAAUUUAGCAGAGCACAGAAACAUGCAUACGUAGUUUGUGUCGAGGUUAAGGGCAUGUGAAGCAGGGCUGUAGGGUUGAAGAGUCGUUCAGAAUUUCUCCUGUCGAAUUCAUAAUAUAGCUGUGGUUGUUAUCUUGCGGCCUUCUUGAACAUCAGUGAGUAGGUUUUAAGUAUUGUGCCUUUCGGAAAUGUGAUCGGUAUCUGACCGUAAUUACGGGCAAAGUCAGGGCAGCGGGAGAAAAGCCAAAGUAAUAAUGAUAUUUAGUAUUUCUUUUCUCUUUCCGCGAUACUCUUUCUUCUGUGUGUCACGACUCUUCUUCUGAUUGUGGUUUCUGUUUUUCCCUUUCUUUAGGGAGUCGUGUGCUUGAGGCUUAUUCUUGUUUUGUCUUUUUCCGCCUUUGCGCUCCGAUUUCCAGUGUGACAAUAUAUAUUCAUGUAUUUUCGAGUGAAAAUUUUUGUUCCGUCUCCUGCGGGCUGAG